AUGCCUGCCCUUCACGAUGUUGGACUUGCAGUGGGGAUCAUAGCCAUAUCUGAUUCCAACGUCCUGCUGGACACAUUCAGCUCAGUGGACUUUCAAGAUGUCUACCGCAGUCCAGACGAAUGUGUGGACUGUCUGCGGAAGAACGGGGAACGUGACAAGAUAUUGAAGCAGAAGCGACCUGUUGCUGACACUGGAGCCGAGAAUCGCCAGCCCGAGGGAACUAAUUGA